AUGGAUACUUCUAACGCUAAUAUUACCCAACAUAGAAAUAACAAAGAUAGUGCGAAAAUCAAUCUUAUCAAAUUGGACCAAAAACCAAGAAGAACACUUAUGCUUUUAUCUUUAAAGUGUCCGAUGAUGUGUAAGUUUCUCCUCAAGGAUUUAGAGGGUUUAAUGCCCGAAAACGUCACUAAAGAUGCCAAAUUGAAAGAACGAUUUACAUUGGAAGAAGUAGCAGAAGUGGCUGAUAUCAGAGAUGCCGAUAAUGUCUUCUUAUUAGAGACUCGUAAGAAGAGUCCUGCGCCUAUUCUUUGGGCUGUUACUAUUGAUAAGGAUAAUAGUAGUCAAGUAGAAGGCGAGAUCAGUAAGCCUAAGUAUGAUACGAUGAAGUUUAUGGUGACUGGGAUUUAUAGUAUGAAGGAGUUGAAGUUUUCUGGCAAUCCAUUAGCUAAUAGUCAGAUGCUAACUCUCUUUUCUAAGGACUUUGAGUGCAGUGCUGGUAUGCAAAGAGCCAAAUCUAUUUUGACUAAGAUAUUCAAUACGACUAGACCGGUUGAAGGAGAGCCAAGUACUCCUAAAGAUUAUGUUGAUAAGAUUGCAUCUUUCUUUUUGAAAGGAGAUCAAAUCAUGGUUAGGUUUUAUCAUAUCGCUAAGAAGACCAAAGAGACGGAAAGACUUAUGGCCGAACGACAGAAGCAAGAACUGAUUGAGCAGAAGAAAGCCAAUGCGGAAGGAGUUGGAGCCCAAGCAGAGAUAGAAGCAGAAGAAGCCGCCGAAGUUGAAGAUCCGAAUAUUAAGCUGGAUGAAGAAAUGAUACCUUGGUAUGAGAUAAUUGAGGUUGGACCUAGAUUUACUCUUCAUCCCCGGGAAAGCGAUCUGUGCGAUAAGAAAGAGAAUGCAGAACCGGUUACAGCUACUACUGAAGCAGACACUACCCCGGCUCAGGACCAAGUUGAGUCAACCCAAGAAUAA